UUCCCUUCACUCAUGGGUUUGUUUGGUUCUCAGGGGCCCCCCCACAUGAGAGGCCUUCCCGGAGGGGACAGCAUUCUUCGUCGGCCCGCGGCCCGAAUCCCAGCCCACUUAGGCCACCGAGAGUUGGCGAAGGACCACGGCGAGAAGGGCUCCGAAGCCGGGCCAGGGCAGCUCGAGUCGCCAGCAUCCGACGCUGGCCCCGCGAAACUCGGGGCCCCCUCCCCGGACCUCCAGCCCCCGACCAACUGCUGCAUGAGUGGCUGCCCCACCUGCGUGUGGGUGGCCUACGCCGAGGCCCUGCUGCAGCACUACCAGGACGGUGGCGAGCGCGCCUUGGCCCAGCUGGAGCAGCAUGUGGCCGACGAGAACCUCAAGGCCUUCAUCCGCAUGGAGAUCCGGCUCCGCGCUCGCGGGCCAGGCCGCUGAGCGGGGAGGGCCGCUGCUGUACCCCCAAUAAACCAGCUACUGAGGGGCAAA